CCUCGAUCCGCCUACAAAAUUUCAGUGAAUUCAGGAAAAUCCACGCGAUAUGGAUCCUUUGAAAUUACGUGUGUACACCGAGAGAUUCGAGAAAGAAAAAAAAUACAUAAAGCUACAAGAAGAAUUCGUCGCGAUCGCGAAGAGUCAACCUUUGACCGGGAAAUUUUACGCAAAACACGACGUCAUACCGGCGUCCGAAGUACAACAAGAGUACGUCGAUUUAAUUACAAAACGUCUGAUCUCGGUGCCAACGGAUAUCUAUCAGUUUAGGCCGCCGUCUGUGAACAUGGAAUACGGCUGGUUCUCGAAGCCCCUGAUACCUCGAACGAGGGAUCCAAGGUUACACUUCCCCAGGCAACAAGCGGAAUUCAUCGUUAACGAGAUUCUGAUACGACGCAGUCAACGAGGUUUACCGGUUGAAAAAUUCACCGGAAUACCCUUCAAAGUAUAAAGCUUUAUUUAUUUAUACGGGAGAAACCCUUUACGUACGGCUGAACAAUAAUAGAAUCUAUGAAAAGUAACGAUCAGGAGCACCGAGAAUCGAAGCCAAGACUUACGCUUAUAACGAUGAUCGUUAAGAAUUAUGAAUAGC